CCGCACAUUCAAGGAACUGAAAAGAUCUGAAGGGUACAUCGUUCGUCUUUUAAGGGCAUGGCUACCAAGGUGGUAUUACCCAAGAGAGCUGAUCAAGCUGAGCUGAAGUCUAUAUUUUAUAAGUAUGCAACUGUUAAGAAGAAUGAGGAGUACUUCAUGUCCCCUGAAGAUUUUGUCUCACAUUUUCUCUUUCAAAAUACAAAUAUUCAACUGAGUAAAAAAGCAGUAGAGCUACUUGCAGGUGUUGUGGACCAAAAAAAGGAUGGAUUAAUAUCAUUUCAGGAGUUUCUUGCAUUUGAGGCUGUUUUAUGUGCACCAGAUGCUCUGUUUGUCGUUGCCUUUCAGUUAUUUGACAAAACUGGUAAAGGUGAAACAACUUUCGAGGAUGUCAAACAUGUUUUCAGCCAGACCACUCUUCAUCAGCGCAUUCCAUUUAACUGGGAUUGUGAGUUUAUUCAGCUGCACUUUGGCAAGGAGCGAAAGAAGCAUUUCACUUAUGAUGAAUUCACUCAGUUCCUUUUGGAAAAGCAGCUUGAACAUGCCAGGCAAGCCUUUAUACAGAGGGACAAAUCCAGGAGUGGAAUCAUAACGGCUCUGGACUUCAGAGACAUCAUGGUCACCAUCCGACCACAUAUGCUGACCCCAUUUGUGGAUCAAUGCCUUGUAGCUGCUGCUGGAGGUUCGACUUCUCACUAUGUCAGUUUCUCCUACUUUAAUGCAUUUAAUUCCUUGCUCAACAACAUGGAAGUUAUCAAGAAGAUAUAUAGUACAUUGGCAGGUUCCAGGAAAGAUACUGAAGUCACUAAAGAAGAGUUUAUUUUGGCUGCACAGAGGUUUGGUCAAGUGACUCCUAUGGAAGUAGAAAUUCUCUUUCAUUUGGCUGAUUUAUCAGAACCACGUGGACAUGUUCGUUUAGUGGAUAUUGAAAGAAUUGCACCAUUAGAGGAUAUGGUCCACUUAUAUAAUCUGCCAGAAACCCAACAACAGCAGCAUACAGAUGGUGACAUAUCUCGUCCUGUUCUUGUGCAGAUUGCAGAGUCACUCUAUCGGUUCACUCUUGGUUCAGUCGCUGGAGCUGUUGGCGCUACAGCUGUAUAUCCAAUUGACCUUGUGAAGACCCGUAUGCAGAACCAACGCACUUCAGGAUCAUUUGUUGGUGAACUUAUGUACAAGAACAGUUUUGACUGCUUCAGAAAAGUAUUGCGCUAUGAAGGCUUUUUUGGGCUGUAUAGAGGUCUCCUGCCGCAGCUUUUAGGUGUGGCACCAGAAAAGGCCAUAAAGCUUACAGUAAAUGACUUUGUGAGAGGCAAGUAUAUGCAGAAAGAUGGCUCUGUUCCACUCUUCACAGAAAUUUUAGCUGGUGGUUGUGCUGGUGGUUCCCAAGUUAUUUUUACAAACCCUCUUGAAAUUGUAAAGAUCCGAUUACAGGUGGCUGGAGAAAUUACCACUGGUCCCCGUGUCAGUGCGCUAUCUGUCCUUCGAGAUCUUGGAUUCUUUGGCCUGUAUAAGGGUGCAAAAGCUUGCUUCCUCCGUGACAUCCCGUUCUCUGCCAUUUACUUCCCCUGUUACGCUCACACUAAAGCCGCCCUUGCUGAUGAGAAUGGACAUAUAGGGCCUGGAAGUCUUCUGCUAGCCGGAGCCUUAGCUGGUAUGCCUGCUGCCUCCUUAGUGACCCCUGCAGAUGUUAUCAAGACCAGGUUGCAAGUGGCAGCUCGUGCAGGACAGACAACUUACAGUGGGGUUAUUGACUGCUUUAGAAAAAUUUUAAGAGAAGAAGGCCCAAGGGCUUUGUGGAAGGGUGCUACAGCUCGAGUGUUUAGAUCAUCUCCACAGUUUGGUGUAACUCUUUUAACAUAUGAGCUGCUACAAAAAUGGUUCUAUGUCGACUUUGGAGGAAGAAAACCAGAAGGUGUUCAACCCUACCCUAAAACUCCUAGUCGCCUAUUAACGCCUAAUUCAGACCACAUUGGAGGCUACAAAUUAGCAGUUGCUACAUUUACAGGAAUUGAACAUAAAUUUGGACUUCAUUUACCUCGAUAUGAAGCUAUGCCAAGUCAAUCAUAAAGUAUGUUAUUGCACUGGGCAGUUCAUAUUAUUGAAGCAUCUGCGGUAUACAGCUAUCCAUUCAAAACUAUUACAACUUCAUACACAGUUUCUUAUUCAGCAUCAUCCUACAGUGGUGGUGAUACAGAAUUUACAUGACAGAAUAACAUGACAUCUUAUUGGAGGUCUAAUUCAAUGCUAAGGAAUCAUUUUACCUGGCUUACUGCUGAAAAUCUGAAUGGAGACUGUGUUGUCUGACAGUGUCCCAGUAUUAGUUUUUAAUAAUCCUAUUCAUUUUUAUUUCUUUUUUUUAAUUUCAGUGUGUUAUAUGAUAAACUGCAACAAAGCAGAUUGCACAGAAAUAUUUAGCAAUAAGUAAAACAGUUUAACAAUAAUUUAAAUCUAGUGUGUGUAGAUUGGAUUUUGUUCAUCUAUAUCCCUUCUUAUUGUGGAAUCCAGAUGAACAACAGUAGCAGUAAACAUGAAGAAAAGUAACUCUAAAGGCAAGCAUCCAUAAAAUGUCAUUGGGUUGCUCACAUAAACCUGAAAGGUUAUUGCAAUGUUACUGUAUGUCUCCUUCGAAUACAAAUGUAUAAUUACAUGUUGACAGAACAAAUUAAUCUUUAAAGAUUUAAUAGCCCAGAUUACUAAAUUGGUGUUCCCAGUGAAAUUAAGUUGAGUUUAACAAGGAAAUGUGGUACUACAAUGCAAGACAGGUGUCCCAAGAUGUGACUGAAAUGGCUACAGAAUCUUUUUAACUUUGAAACUGAUCCUGUGCAUCCGUCUGUGCCUGCAAUGGAUGACUGUCCAGAUUUAGAUCCAGCAUCACCUCUGCUUGUAUUGGCUCUGGCAUUUUUGACCCUGAACUGGAUUCAGCUUGCUCAGUAAUGGAGAGAUGGUCUCAUUUUACUGUUAUUAUUGUUUUCAGAAUU